GAUGUUGUGUUUAUUCCACUGCAGUUCUUCGACCUCCCUGAGUCAGAAUUUCUGAACGCGCUGUCCUGGUCGACGAUGGCGUUCUGGAGCGUCGACAUCCUGAUGUCUUUCCGCACGGGGGUCUACAACAAGGGAGUGCUGGUUAUGGAUGCAGCGGCUGUGGCGCGGAAAUAUGCGCGUACCUGGCUGCCGGUGGAUGUCAUGCUUGUCUCCAUAGAUUGGAUUGCCCUGGCCUUUGAAGGCAGUCGGGGACAGCACGAGGGUACCAAUGUCCUUUGGAUUCUCCGCCUACUGCGCUUGGUGCGUGUCGUCCGCCUGGGCAAAAUGAGCCGGACAGCUUUGGUGCUGCAGGAAGUCAUGCAAGGCUGGGCCGUGAACGUCCAGUUCAGUGUGGCGAUGAACAUUAUCCGGCUGUUGCUUUUGAAUCAUAUGAUUGCCUGUGCGUGGUGGGGCUUUUCCCACAUUGGCGGCAGGGCAGACGGGUGGUCCACCAAGUACGGGGUGGAGGAAGAAGACAGGCUGUAUGGCUAUUUGACGAGCCUACAUUGGGCUAUCGCACAGCUCGGGGUGGGCGCCACUGAGGUCGAGGCCACGAACUUGCCCGAACGCACCUUCAGUAUUUUCGUUGCCCUCAUCUCGCUGAUCACUUUCUCCACCAUGGUGUCGUCAAUGACGUCCAUGAUGACAGCUUAUUCCAGAAGCAAGGAAGAGGAAGCGCGCCAUUUCAGUCUGUUGCAACGCUACCUGCUGCACAACAAGGUUUCCGUGAACCUGAGCCAGCGAAUUACGAAGUUCUUGCAGCAUGCCUACAUGGCCCAGCACAAGGCAUCCUCACAGGACAUGCAUGUGCCCUUGCUGGACAUGCUGUCACGCCCGCUGAUGAAUGAGCUGCAGCUGGAAAAGCACCAGAAGGACAUGGAAGGGUUGCCCUUCCUGAAAGCUAUCUUGAGUUGGCACAAUGUGCAGACGGUGGAUAGCAUGCGGAACUUGGCGAGCUCCUCGUUUACAGUAUGUACCGUUGCCACCAAGGAUGUUAUCUUCUGCUGCGGCAUCGAGGCGUUGGCGGCAUAUUUACCCAUCACUGGAGACGUCUCCUACCUACAGGAUGGGAGGCAAGCAGAGCCGUGCCUUCAUGUCUGGACGGCAGAGAUGUGCCUUUGGACGGAGUGGUAUUUCCUGGGCGACCUCAUCGCCACGGAUGUGUCGCGGAUUUUGAUGCUGGACAUGGAGAGCUUCUGCCGAACCAUCGCCUCCAACCCGCUGAUGCACGCCCUGGCGGUGCAAUAUGCGAAGGAGUACACCCACAAUCUGCGACGUGAGGCAGAUGGCACGGACAUCUCGGACACCUGGCAGUUUGAGGCCGAGGUCGAAGUUCACGACCUCAUGUUCGGCAGGGGCUUCGCGCCUGAACUGGCUUUCAACACCUUCGGCAGACAGCGUGUGAAAGGAAGACAGGGCUCGCAAAACGGUACGGGCGGUAUGGGGAGGAUGCAGGUGGUGCCAGAUCAGAUCCUUGAGUGA